AUGUUAGAUUGGACUGAAAAUUCUGUCACAUUAAAAAAUUAUCUAUCUAUCUAUCUAUCUAUCUAUCUAUCUAUCUAUCUAUCUAUCUACACAUUUAUACAACAUUACAGAUAUAUUAGGCACAUCUGUAACAGUUACAGUGACAAAAGAUUGCAUUAUUUCUAUCUAUGCCUCUUAUUUCUAUCUAUCUAUCUAUCUAUCUAUCUAUCUAUCUAUCUAUCUAUCUAUGAAUAUUCAUUUUUAUUAUCUAUCUAUCUAUCUAUCUAUCUAUCUAUCUAUCUAUCUAUCUAUCUACGUUUUCAUUUUUAUUAUCCUCUUAUCUAUCUAUCUAUCUAUCUAUCUAUCUAUCUAUCUAUCUAUCUAUCUAUCUAUCUAUCUAUGCCCGUUUGUUCACCUAUCUAUCUAUCUAUCUAUCUAUCUCCAUUUUCAUUUUUAUUAUCCUCUCAUCUAUCUAUCUAUCUAUCUAUCUAUCUAUCUAUCUAUCUAUCUAUCUAUCUCCGUUUGUUCAUCUAUCUAUCUAUCUAUCUAUCUAUCUAUCUAUCUAUCUAUCUAUCUAUCUAUCUCCCCAUUUUAUUAUCCUCUCAUCUAUCUAUCUAUCUAUCUAUCUAUGCCCUUAUUCUUUUUCUAUGUAUCUAUCUAUCUAACCCAUUUUUCUUCAUCUAUCUAUCUAUCUAUCUAUCUAUCUAUCUAUCUAUCUAUCUAUCUAUCUAUCUAUCUCCAUUUUCAUUUUUAUUAUCCUCUCAUCUAUCUAUCUAUCUAUCUAUCUAUCUAUCUAUCUAUCUAUCUAUCUAUCUAACCCAUUUUUCUUCAUCUAUCUAUCUAUCUAUCGAUCUAUCUCCGUUUGUUCAUCUAUCUAUCUAUCUAUCUAUCUAUCUAUCUAUCUAUCUAUCUCCGUUUCCAUUUUAUUAUCCUCUCAUCUAUCUAUCUAUCUAUCUAACCCAUUUUUCUUCAUCUAUCUAUCUAUCUAUCUAUCUCCGUUUCCAUUUUAUUAUCCUCUCAUCUAUCUAUCUAUCUAUCUAUCUAUCUAUCUAUCUAUCUAUAUAUGCCCUUAUUCUUUUUCUAUCUAUCUAUCUAUCUAACCCAUUUUUCUUCAUCUAUCUAUCUAUCUCCUUCCUCUCAUUUUUAUUAUCCUCUCAUCUAUCUAUCUAUCUAUCUAUCUAUCUAUCUAUCUAUCUAUCUAUCUAUCUAACCCAUUUUUCUUCAUCUAUCUAUCUAUCUAUCUAUCUAUCUAUCUAUCUAUCUAUCUAUCUAUCUAUCUAUCUCCCCAUUUUAUUAUCCUCUCAUCUAUCUAUCUAUCUAUCUAAACCCAUUUUCUUCAUCUAUCUAUCUAUCUAUCUAUCUAUCUAUCUAUCUAUCUAUCUAUCUAUCUCCCCAUUUUAUUAUCCUCUCAUCUAUCUAUCUAUCUAUCUAUCUAUCUAUCUAUCUAUCUAUCUAUCUAUCUAUCUAUAUAUGCCCUUAUUCUUUUUCUAUCUAUCUAUCUAUUUAACCCAUUUUUCUUCAUCUAUCUAUCUAUCUAUCUAUCUCCUUCCUCGAAAACAUCUAUCUAUCUAUCUAUCUCAGUCAAAAUGCACUCAGAGACUAAUUUUCAAGCUCAAACUAUUUAAUGUGCUGGGUCGUAGUGAAUAUUUUUCAUCAUUCUCGUAUCUAUCUAUCUAUCUAUCUAUCUAUCAGGAGGUGCAUCUGCGUAAUAUUUUAAUCCAUUCAUCUAUCUAUCUAUCUAUCUAUCUAUCUAUCUAUCUAUCUAUCUAUCUAUCUAUGUCCGUUUGUUUAUCUAUCUAUCGCUGUUUGUUCAUCUAUCUAUCUAUCUAUCUAUCUAUCUCCGUUUAUCUAUCUAUCUAUCUAUCUAUCUAUCUAUCUAUCUAUCUAUCUAUCUAUCUAUGUCCGUUUGUUUAUCUAUCUAUCGCUGUUUGUUCAUCUAUCUAUCUAUCUAUCUAUCUAUCUAUCUAUCUAUCUAUCUCCGUUUGUUCAUCUAUCUAUCUAUCUAUCUAUCUAUCUCCGUUUGUUCAUCUACAUCAUGAUUUUGAGGUGGAGGAGUGGUCGAUCAUUAUUGUUGUUGUUGUUGGUCGCGGUGAUUGUCAGGAGGAAAAGAGCAGAGAAGACGAACUUGAAUCAACUGUUAGCCGGAAGAACAUGUCCGGCCAGUGGCAGGCAGUCGUAGCCGAGCAUUGGUCGGAAAAAAAUAAAUAUCAACAUGUAUAUACUUAUAAACACACGAUUGGACAUUUUCGCACUCUCUUUCAUUAUCUAUCUAUCUAUCUAUCUAUCUAUCUAUCUAUCUAUCUAUCUAUCUAUUUAUCUAUCUAUGUCUUAUGUUCAUGUCUAUGUUCAUAUCUAUCUAUUUAUCUAUUAUGUUCAUAUCUAUAUGUGUUAUGUUCAUAUCUAUCUAUCUAUCUAUCUAUCUAUCUAUCUAUCUAUCUAUCUAUCUAUCAUAAACGACACCCUCUUUAUCAAUGUACCAUAGUCGACUUAUCUCUCUCUAUUUCUCUCUUUUUAGAUAUCAUAGACGAUUACUCUUUCUCUCUCUCUCUAUCGAUCUAUCAUAGUCAAUUCAUGUAUCUAUAUGUUAUGCUAAUAUCUAUCUAUCUAUCUAUCUAUCUAUCUAUCUAUCUAUCUAUCUAUCAUGCUUUUACUCGGAGGAAAUUGUUUACCGAUCGUGUUUCUCAGAUUAAAACACACACAUGCAAUUAG